AUGUCAGGGCUUGUCUUGUCGCGUCGCCCUUCCUCUGGGGCUGACUCGCCUCCGAGGAGUGCAACGGACAGGACAGGACUGGACGAAUUGCUUCUAUUCGCUACUCCAAAACUAAACAACCCCGAAAAGAAAGAAAAGAACAAGAAGCGGACAGAUGGGAUGGGCUCUAAAGAACCUGGCUCUGAUAUCUGCAAGCGCGGGAAUAAAUCUGUUCCCACAGACGGAUUCUAUCUCCGUGACCACCUGCCGUAUCCCAUGCCUGGGAUUCUUGCAAGGUCUGCGAAUCUGCACAAUACCUCCCAUCCCACUGCUCGAGUCCUCCGCCAUCAGCGGCUGCCUUUGAAUUUGCCCUGUCCCGACUUCGAGACGAGACGAGGUGUCACCGUUGUUCGUAUUGGUGACCGAAGAAUCGAAACUGCUGAACGCGCUUCCUGGAUCCACCGCCCCCUACAUACUCUACUCUGCUUUGCCCUCCCAAAUACCGCGACUUGGUCAUUCACCUGGAUACGCCGGGGACUUGCUUGCCCCUGCAGCUGGACUCCUUGUUAUCCACACCCUGUCCACCCGGAUGUGAAAUCCUCUUCUCCACUCCCUUCCCCGAGCUCGAAAGCGAAUCAAGCCCAAAUCCGAUACUAG